AUGGCCGCCAAGAAGAAGGCGUUGACUCGUCUCUCCCAAGGACGCCCGCCGCUUGCUACACCGUCACGGUCCAUGACGCGCAAGGCAAGCAGGACACUGAUCAACAAGCACCACCAGCUUGAAAAGGCUCGAGCAAGGGCGGUCCAGAGCGGCGACAAGGCAACAGAAGCCAAGAUUGCAGCCGAGCUCGAGAAGCUGGGAGGCUUGGGUCACUACCAAAAGGCCAGUCUACAGGGACAAAGCAUCGACAGAGGCGGCGACACGUCAAAGGUCCUCAUGGAAUGGCUGCCGCUGGCAGAACUCAAGGGGCGGCCUCAGCCUCUGCAGAUGCUCGAGGUUGGGGCGCUCAGCACGCGCAACGCUUGUUCGACAAGCAAAGUCUUCAACGUGGAGCACAUUGACUUGAACAGCCAGGAGCCGGGGAUCCAGCAGCAGGACUUUAUGGAGAGGCCAUUGCCUGAAAACGGCAAGGGACUGUUCGACAUCAUCUCGCUGAGCCUGGUUCUCAACUUCGUCCCCGAUGCAGUCGGCCGCGGCGCCAUGCUUUUACGGACACUGUCAUUUCUGAGGGCCGACGUCGAUACCGCCAUCACCACCGAACCUCUCUUCCCCUGUCUCUUCGUCGUCCUGCCGAGGAGCUGUGUUGACAACUCGCGAUACUUUACGGACGACAAGUUUGACGAGCUGAUGGCCGCUCUCGGUUACACGCGAGUGAGAGGCAAGAAGACGCAAAAGUUGGCAUACAGUCUGUGGAGAAGAGUCACCGGAGUGGUGAGGCCAGACCUUGCGUUCCCAAAGCAGGAAGUCAACCCGGGAAAGACGAGGAACAACUUUGUCAUCACUCUCAAAGGACAGCAGACAUGA